UUUUCUUCACCCAACCACCCAUUGGCCCCCCUAGGAUCGACCCUCCCCCGUCGAGUCGGUCCCGCGUUGCCAGUACCCAUCUUUUGCCUGUCUUCGACGACGACCACGACGGCGGCGGUCUCAAUAGGAGAGGGCGUUUUCAUCGUCUCUUUGCCCCCUCGUUAGAUUUCUCUUCGCUGGUCUGAGAGAGGCUCUCGCCACGGCCACACUUCUCUUUGUUCAAAACAAAGUCUAUCCGGCCACUCCUCUUUAGUCCAUAGAGAAUAUCCGACUCGCUCAAAAGGCACGCCUUUGCUGUGCGUUUGCCAUCUCUCCCUCGACCCAUCGGACGUCAUCGUCGACCUCCCCAUUUUCCGCCUCUUUUCUGCUUUUUUUCUCAUCUUCACGACCUACUUUACGACCGAUUUUUCCUAUCCCACUUUCUCUCGUCUCUGUCGCAAGUUCAGCACUGCGCAUCGUCAGCGGUCCAUCAGUACCUCUGAUCGUAUCGCGCAACGGGCGGCAUCGGUCGCCUUUCUUCCCUAAUUUGCAGAUGCCAGUUCCCGUCCCACUCUACACCAAGCAGCCAGCUCACCCCGUAAUCAAGCCCACUCAGUCUGGUGACGCUGACUACAAACCUUCCCUGUUCCAACACGUAACCCACUCCCUACCUCUUCCGCCUCGUGGGCCACCGCCUUCGUUCGCGACAAGGGAGGAGUGGAUUAGCUCUUUGCCAGACUGGAGAAGAAACAAGCCGCGCGCCAUUUGGGAGGACGACAACAUUCGUCACCACUCUAGCACUGGCGGGUCGAGUUUUCAUCAAGGGUUGACCGUCGCGGGCAACGCUGCGGUCAUUAAAGGAGCGCCCGCGCAAGCGUGCAUUCCGCCCGUCUCGACACUCAUUGUUAGUGCCAACUUUGCUGCUUAUCACGGGAUGUACCCUAGUCCUGCCGAAGAGGCGGACGACGAGAUGAGUCCCAUAGAGGAAGAAGAUGGAUGGCGGAGCAAUGGUGUUUCUCCCGUCACCUAUUCAGACAGCGAGAUGAGAGCUCAAGAUUCUGAUACUGAUUCCCUCGAGUUUUCCUCUGACUAUCAGAACUGUCAGUACAUCGCAAACGAUGAAAACAUAUACCCUCCGCAGUCCUCCAUCGACCGUGGCAUGUUCAGCCCCCUCCACGAAGAAACAUCCCCCAACGCUAGUGGAAAUAACGAUCCGUCUUCCAGCCCUAUUGGGCCGGCAACACCAUUUGAACACUACGUUGAUCGCGCAGUGGCCGAUGCCCAGAAUACCCUGUCUUACAGCAGUCAUCGCCACCCGGUUGAUGUGGUUUCGCAGAACACAUACACGUAUGAGGAUUACUGCAAUAACCAGUGCUAUCAAUGUCAGCAGUAUGACCAGCAGGUCCAUCAAGCCAUUCAGCCUGCUGCGGAGCCUUCUCCGACGCCGUCAGCAAACGAUGAUUAUAAGAAGCUUGCCGAGCCGCUCUCCGAAUGGAUGGCCUCCUUCGUUUGGAAGGUAUGCACUACUGGUGCAUACAUCAAGCAUGCUCCUCCCAGAGACCUUCCGAAUAGGCAUUAUUCACAUGCUCCUCCAAGUUCCUUGGCGCGCAACAUACAUUCCCUAUUCAUGUCAACAUUGCUUCAGCCUUCGGCCAUCUUCCUGGCGAUGCACUAUAUAGUGAAUUUGCCUGUCUACUUUGGUCCCUGUCAGCUGGGCUUUCAUCACGAAAAGGAGAUGCGUUUCAGGCAAGAACUACUUGGAGAGCCUCAUUCGUUGCUCGACCGGGACGACUCGUAUGCUCCUUUCCGGCUGAUCCUUCUUGGGUGUAUGCUAGCCAACAAGUGGUUAGAUGAUCACACCUUCUCCAACAAGACUUGGCACUCAAUCUCAAGUGUUCCAAUUCAAUCGUUGAACAGGGACUGGUCUCAGUGGUUGGAAUGCCUGAAGGCUUACCACAUGUCGUUGUCAUCGCCAACUUUCCCUCAACCGAUCUCCCGACCAUCGACUAGCCCUCACAUGAUCAUACGCAGGUCGAUCGACACCCUCAUCCAAGCCAACUCGCAGUGGCAGGAGAAUCCGCAGCAUCCCGUCUUCCUUGGCCUCGAUGAGAAGCGGAAGGCUGAUGAGCAGUUGGAGCAGGUAUAUGACGUCGACGUCUUGGACAUCGACCUCGACGAAGAGGGACCAUUGAGAUUGGAGUAUGUGCCGAAACGUCGAGUCAGCGGGGCAGGAUCUGCGCGUUAUUCACGUAGUCAAGAGAGAGCCAUGGAACCCGAGAGGAGACUUCCUCCGCCUGCGCGCUGGAGUCCAGCAGGAGAUGAAUUGAUCAAUCCAAAGGCUCAGUCUCAUCAGUACAUGGCACCGCAGCCCAUUAUGCAUAUGUCUGCUGCACCUAUGCUGCCGCCAUUUCGCGACACGUCGCAGCAUCCAGGAUGGCCUUGGGGACCUGUCCAUGACUACGCUCCUCCGCCGCCUCCGAUGUUUGCCUCUCAGCAGUCAGCAUAUAACUACGGGUAUGCACCGCCUCCAGCACCUCUGUCUCAUUCGCGGUCCCAGUCGUUGUCCUACAAUCCUGCGGUUGCCGGAUCGUCACAAGGACACUACCGUUCGUACUCUCAAACCCGGUACGAAGGUUUCCAUGAGACGCAGUAUACUGAGCCUCACUACGUCGCACCGCUUCCUCCACCGGUGUCCAAUUGGGGACACUUCGAACGUCCCAACUAUAUCGCUGCUUACGAACGUCCGAUUGAAUUCCGCAACAGGAUCCCUCUGAAGGUGUGAGGGUGUUGUUUUUUCCCUUUAGAAUCAGAACACUUCCGAGGCAUAGAACACGUCAUUGGUUUGACAUUUCGCGUCGCUGCAGAGCCUCUCAGCAUCAUUCUCAAGUCUCUCGUCUCUUUCCGUCUUCAACGUAUCAUACUCCCGUCGGCUGUCGACCCCCUUGUACCUCAUACUUCCGACAUGGACUAUCCUUGCGCUAGCGCCAGGCGGUUCAUCAACCACUCUCUUAUAUCGUCAGCCUCUACUAUCGAAUAUGUUUCCUCUUUGGUUCCCCAUGUCAACAUAUCAUCACGGCCUGGUUUUAUUUCAGUCUUUCGUCGUCCCGGCAUUCCAUCACUCUUCGACAUAUCCAUCCUGUCUAUAGGGAUUGCCACGCCAGAUUCCCGCUUUUUCUCUCUCAACCUCGCAUCCCGUAUAUAUUCGACGUCAUGCAUUUUCAGCAUGAACACACCCUCGGGGGCUCAACUCAAGAUUCUUCAAACGGCAGUUACAAGUACAAGGAUUCUGCCGUGAUGUCGAACCCAACGCAAGUGGGUUACAUUCCCCCUGACGGACGAUUCGCAUUUGCCCCUCGAUAUCAUUGUUUCGCGCACUUGAAGAUUUGUUCGUUGUGUAUAUUUCCGAUCCAUUCGAGACGCUUUACUACACUAAUGUUGUUCACGUUCUGCUUUCUCAUUCUUCACGUUUUCCUGACUCAUCAUCUUCCCCCCAUUCUCUUUCACGAAACACCAAAAACACCGGAAAAUCGUACAGAAAAAAAAUUCCAUACAUUCUCCUCGUGUUUCCUUUGCUCAAACUUUUUCGUCGAGAUAUUUCGGUUUCGUUUCCCACGUUUCUGCGAUAGUCUCUUACCGUUCCUGUUUGCCUCUGCUUAAUAUUCCACCUGCUGACGGAAGCGUCACCCUCCCGCGUACCCCCCUUCCUUUUAUCUCGCUUCCACCCCGUUCACUGUGUCUACGUUGGUAGUUAUGUGGAGAUUAUCAGACGUCUCACGGGCGCGACAGUUUUUUGCUGUCGCUGCUUCUUGCGACAACAUAUGCUUGAUCCAACCUCUGAGAGUCAUUGUUAAUGAAUUGCUAUACUGUGUAUCGAGGCCCCUCUUCAAUUUUUUCCGCACCUGUCGCUUAGUACGCGAACGUAGCCGGUUUGCGUCCGCAGUUG